AUGGACUUCGUGUUUGCUGCUGAAGAGCCGCAGCGGCUGCAGGGCCUUUUGGGGGACUUCAAAACGAAAGCACAGCAGCAGCAGCAGCAGCAGCAGCAGCAGCAGCAGCAGCAGCAGCGGCGGCGGCGGCAGCAGCGGCGAAGCGGCAGCAGCGAGGCAGACAUGUGGGUGCCCAAGUCUGCGGUGGGGCUGAUUUACCUGGGCCUCAAACUCCGCAGAAGUUUGGGGGUGAGGCCUUUCACAGUUUUGCCCUGCGACAACAUCCCCAGCAACGGCAAGCUCCUCAAAAAAAUGGUAAUUCAAUUUGCUUCAGAAGUGGAUGUUGAAAUGGCCACCUGGAUCAGCAAAAAUGUCUCCUUCCCCUGCACUAUGGUAGACCGCAUCACCCCAGUCACCAGCAGCGAACACGUGGCCCUUCUCGCAGAGGACUACGGCGUGGGGGACAAGUGGCCGGUGGUGGCCGAGGAGUUCCGGCAGUGGGUGAUAGGGGAGAACUUCUGCAACGAAAGGCCCUUUUUGGAAGCCGUUGGCGCAGUCUUCACCAAAGAAGUCGAACACUUCGAAACCCUCAAACUCAAACUCCUCAACGCCGCCCACAGCGCCCUCGCCUACCCCGCGCUCCUCCUCGGCUACCAGUUCGUCGACGAGGCCCUCAGAGACAUCAGAUGCCAGUUCGUCGACGAGGCCCUCAGAGACAUCAGAUACCAGUUCGUCGACGAGGCCCUCAGAGACAUCAGGCUGUACAGAAGUGACGUCCCUUUUGAUACUGGAGGACGCUUACUCACUGCAUGGAUAACAGCGUGA